GCUAGUUAUCAAUAGUCAUCAGGAUAUUAGAGAAUUAUUUUUGUUAUAAUCGACAUGCCCACGUUCAUAUUGCGUAAGGUUCAUAGGCAUAUUUUUAGAAACGAAAUGGUUACAAAUACAGUAGUUGCGUACAAAAUUGUCGUAAAUAAUUUUAAUAGCCAUCAAUCAAUUAAAGUGAAAUCUACAUAUAGCACCUUGAUUGCUUUUGUUUUCAAUAUAAAAGUCAAGUACUUGUGUCGAUAUGUAUCAGUUUACUACUGACAAAAGUACAAUUAAUACACUACAAAAUGUACUCUCAGGUAUUGUGCGUAUUAGCAAUCGUAGCGAUGGCAUCAGCUCAUCACGCUUACUCAUCACAACACCUGCACAAGUAUGAUGGUCAUCACCAGCUCGUGCACAUACACGACCACCAUGGCCAUCACCAUCACGUUGAUUACUAUACGCAUCCUAAAUACGAGUACAAAUACCAAGUGAAGGACGGUCACACCGGUGAUCAUAAGGAACAUCAUGAGCACCGUGAUGGUGACGUCGUCAAAGGUCAUUACUCCUUCAAGCAGCCCGAUGGAAAAUUCAGACAUGUCCACUAUAUAGCUGAUAAAAAAACUGGGUUCCACGCAGAUGUGAAACACAGCACCCACCAUCUCCAUCACCACUAUUGAUUUGAAAUUAAUAUUACAUUUAUAUUUUGUUUUGUUUUUAUUAUGUUUUUGUUUUGUAAAUAAAUGAUUACCAAAAUAAUUAGUUUUACUUUAUUUUUAAAUAUGUCUAAUCUCACCAAA